CUGUGGGACAGCUAUUACCUCUUCGACAUAGUGAAACUCACUGCUGUUGAGUUCUUCUGCCCUGGACUGGACUGGACUCUCUCUCUCUCUCUCUCUCUCUCUCUCUCUCUGUCUCUCUGUCUCUCUGUCUCUGGAUACCCUUACCCUUACCCUUCACAGCAGAAGGAGAUUUGUGUCAAAGAUAUGAAGAAACCAACAUCUGUGUUUAGCAAUAUAAAGCUGUUUGUGCUGUGUCAUGGCCUGCUGCAGCUCACCCAGCUGCUCUACAGUUCCUACUUUAAGAGCACCAUCACCACCAUCGAGAGACGCUUUGGCCUCAGCAGUUUCUCCUCUGGCACCAUCUCCUCUCUGCACGAGGUGGGGAACACAGUUCUGAUAGUGUUUGUGAGUUACCUGGGCAGCAGAGUCCAUCGGCCUCGUCUGAUUGGACUGGGUGGUCUGCUGAUGUCCAUCAGCGCUCUCAUCCUGGCCCUACCUCACUUCCUGUCCCAGCCCUAUAACUAUGACUCUGUUAUACAUGAUCGCCAAGACCUGUGUUCCCUCCAGGGUCCCUCCAACACCACAGAGGCCUGUGGGAAGACAGAGAUCAAGCGUAUAGCAGACACCAACAACUUGUGGCUGCUCAUGGCUAUAGCUCAGCUGCUGUUCGGAGUGGGGUCUGUUCCCAUACAACCUUUUGGUAUCUCUUAUGUGGAUGACUUCGCCGGACGAGGCAACUCCCCCCUCUACAUAGCCAUCCUGUUUGCUGUGUCUGUGUUUGGACCUGCCUUCGGCUUCCUGCUGGGCUCCGUCAUGCUGAGGAUCUAUGUGGACGUGGACAGAACCGGCUCAGUCACCAACGCUGAGCUGGCCCCUACAGACCCUCGCUGGGUGGGUGCGUGGUGGAUGGGUCUCCUCAUCUCCUCUGCCAGCCUAGCUCUGACCUCCAUCCCAUACUUCUUCUUUCCUCGCAGCAUGCUGCUGGAAGGCAAUAGUGGAACUGAAGCUGCCAUUCAGAAUGAAGACUCCAAAAAGCCAGACUUCUCAAUGCUUGAUUUCCUGAAGAUGUUCCCCAGGCUGUUUGUCCGUCUGCUCCUCAGUCCUCUGUUCCUGCUGUUGGUUCUGUCUCAGUGCUGUUUCUCUUCAGUCAUCGCUGGCCUCGCCACCUUCCUCACCAAGUUCCUGGAGAGACAGUACAGUACGACCACCGCUUACAGCAACCUCCUCAUAGGUGCGGUGAACCUUCCGUCCGUUGCCGUGGGGAUGCUGGUGGGCGGAGUCAUCAUGAAGAGGACCGGUCUCUCUCUGAAGACCAUCCCUCGUUUUUCUGUCGCCAUGCUCACCAUCUCUGUCCUCCUCAUCAUCCCUCUCUUCUUCAUGGGCUGCCCCACACAGAGGGUGGCGGAGGUCAACUACACACCCCAUGGGUUUCUGGCCACCUGUUAUUCCAACUGCUCCUGUCCUGCUUACUCCUUUAACCCAGUGUGUGGAUCUGACAACACUGAGUACCUGUCUCCCUGCCACGCAGGCUGCAAAGACUACACCAAAGACCCCAAGAACAAAUUCAGGGUUCUGAAGUACACAGACUGUAUCUGCAUGGCUUACAGCCAGGGUAGUGGUGGGGGUACUGCCCGCCCCGGUCCUUGCCCCAACCAAUGUCCUCACUUCCUGCUUCCUGUCAUGUUCCUCAUCUCUCUGGCCGGGUUGAUCGCCUCCCUAACACACAACCCCAUCUAUAUGAUGGUCCUCAGAACUGUUCCCCAUGAAGAUAAAUCCUUUGCCAUAGGAGUCCAGUUUUUGCUCAUGAGAGUGCUUGCCUGGUUACCAGCCCCAGCCCUGUUCGGCAUUGUCAUCGACAGCUCCUGUAUUUGGUGGAAACAGGCCUGUGGCAACCGGCUGGGCUGUGGUUACUAUGACAACAACACCCUGAGGAACAGGUACCUGGGCCUGCAGGUGGGCUUCAAGGUGAUGGGGAUCUUCCUGCUUGGGGUGGUGGGCUGGAAGGUCCUGAGGACCAGGGAGUACAGCCUGGAGAAGAGGCCUGAUGGACCACUCUGAUCUGGGAUACGACUGACCUCCUGGCUCCCUACUCCGUCCUCUCUCCCGUCUCACUUUAAAAGAGUAGUCUCAGGUCCACUACUGUUCCUUUCAACAGUCUGCUGAGGCGUUCUGUCUGAAUGUGCUCUCCUUUUUUAAUUUUAAUUUGACCUUUUUUUUACUCGGCAAGUCAGUUAAAAACAAAUUCUUAUUUUCAAUGACGGCCUAGGAACAGUGGGUUAACUGCCUGUUCAGGGGCAGAACGACAGAUUGUGUACUUUGUCAGCUCGGGGAUUUGAACUUACAACCUUUCGGUUACUAGUCCAACGCUCUAACCACUAGGCUACCCUGCCGCCCCUUUUACCCACCUGAUCCACCUAACCUGUCUCACAUGAGAGAAAUGACUCACCAAUCAACUGCCAGUGGGCAAAGUCCACCAUGCCUUUCAACCAUAGAGUGUUUCAACGGUCUGCUAUCAAACCCAGCUGAUCCUCCUGUUAGUAACCUCAGCGCUGUUCUCAAACCCAGCUGAUCCUCCUGUUAGUAACCUCAGCACUGUUCUCAAACCCAGCUGAUCCUCCUGUUAGUAACCUCAGCACUGUUCUCAAACCCAGCUGAUCCUCCUGUUAGUAACCUCAGCGCUGUUCUCAAACCCAGCUGAUCCUCCUGUUAGUAACCUCAGCACUGUUCUCAAACCCAGGUGAUUCUCCUGUUAGUAACCUCAGCACUGUUCUCAAACCCAGCUGAUCCUCCUGUUAGUAACCUCAGCACUGUUCUCAAACCCAGCUGAUCCUCCUGUUAGUAACCUCAGCACUGUUCUCAAACCCAGCUGAUCCUCCUGUUAGUAACCUCAGCGCUGUUCUCAAACCCAGCUGAUCCUCCUGUUAGUAACCUCAGCACUGUUCUCAAACCCAGCUGAUCCUCCUGUUAGUAACCUCAGCACUGUUCUCAAACCCAGCUGAUCCUCCUGUUAGUAACCUCAGCGCUGUUCUCAAACCCAGCUGAUCCUCCUGUUAGUAACCUCAGCACUGUUCUCAAACCCAGCUGAUCCUCCUGU